ACGGACUGCGAAGGCGCCGGAGAGACGUUUCUGGUCCAGUCCACAAAAUCCGAUGUUGGCGCCACACCCGAUGAUUCUGGAGAAGAGCAUACUGACGUCCACCUUACUGUUAGUGCCCAGUUGCAUCUAGAAGCACUGGCACUCGGAAUGGGUCGGGUCUACACUCUGAGCCCUACGUUUCGCGCUGAACCCUCGCAUUCGCGCUUCCACCUGGCCGAGUUCUUAAUGCUGGAGGCGGAGUCUGUGCUGUUGGAUUGCACCGAUGUUCUCUGCACUGAAAUGGAGGCAAUAGUGGCUAGCAUUGCCUCCUCUUACCUCGAGAAAAUUGAUGCCCGCGCUUCAGAAAUGCCGGUUCGACCCCUUCUCUGUUUUACCGUUUUGUUUUUUCACCUCUGUUACCGCGAUUUGAUGCAGUAUAUUCUGAUGCCCCUGUUAGAAGCUGCGCGAAUUGUACAUGCUCGUAUACUAGUGUCUAACAGACUGCAACUCGGCUACUCUGUCGUUUACCUGCGUGCAGCAGACUAG